AUGUCUCAGCCUUCAUCCACCGUCACAACUACCAACAACCUCGCCGCCGACCUCAAGCCUCAGGGCGAAGCCGCUGCAAAAGUAAAGCCAUGCUGCGUCUGCAAGGAUGAGAAAGCCGCUCGUGACGAAUGCAUGCUCUUCUCAAACGCCGCCGACCCCCAAGCCGACUGCCAAAACAUGGUUCAAAAGUACAGAGCAUGCAUGCAAGGCUACGGCUUCAACCUCCCUUAA